AUGGAGGUGCUGCGGCUUGCGGAGGCUGAAGAGGAGGGAACGGAGGCGUCCACAGGACGAGAUGAAGCCGAGCUGGACAGGGGAGUGGAGCGUUUGCUCUCCUUUCUGCCAGCAGCGGACCAGGUCCUACAUCGCCCUGCCUUGCGCGAUGCGCUCAUGAACGCGCAAAAGUCAGAGCUCCGGGCAUUGCAGGAGGCGGGUGACAUGAUCUCUCUCCCGCACUUCCGCCCUUCACCGGCAAAACUACGUGAACACCUGGCUGCUGUCGAGGCGUUUGUGGCGCGGCUGGGAGAUAGGCCUUGUGCAGUCACCGUGGCGCGAUCUGUGGUGGACGGCUUCUGUCCGAUGCGCUGCCACUGUGCGUUGGAGGAAGGCGUGCUCGAGAUUCUUCGACGCCUCUUCGGGGACUUGGAUAUCAUGUAUGGAGACGAGCUGGAUCAGCGGGAGCAAUGGCCGUGA